AUGGGGGAGAUGGAGCAGCUGAGGCAGGAGGCGGAGCAACUCAAGAAGCAGAUUGCAGAUGCCAGGAAAGCCUGUGCUGAUGUAACCCUGGCAGAGCUGGUGUCUGGCCUGGAGGUGGUGGGACGAGUGCAGAUGCGCACAAGGCGGACGCUCAGAGGGCACCUGGCCAAGAUCUAUGCCAUGCACUGGGCCAGCGACUCCAAGCUGCUGGUGAGCGCCUCUCAGGACGGAAAGCUGAUCGUGUGGGACACCUACACCACCAACAAGGUGCACGCCAUCCCGCUGCGUUCCUCCUGGGUCAUGACCUGCGCCUACGCCCCCUCCGGGAGCUUUGUGGCCUGCGGGGGGCUGGACAACGUGUGCUCUGUGUACGGCCUCAAGUCGCGCGAGGGCAACGUCAAGGUCAGCCGGGAGCUGGCUGCCCACACAGGCUACCUCUCCUGCUGCCGUUUCCUGGACGACAACAACAUCGUGACCAGCUCCGGGGAUACCACAUGUGCCCUGUGGGACAUCGAGACCGGGCAGCAGAAGACCGUCUUCGUGGGGCACACGGGCGACUGCAUGAGCCUGGCCGUGUCUCCCGACUACAAGCUCUUCAUCUCCGGAGCCUGCGACGCCAGUGCCAAGCUCUGGGACGUGCGGGAGGGCACAUGUCGCCAGACCUUCACCGGCCACGAGUCAGACAUCAACGCCAUCAGCUUCUUCCCCAGCGGAGAGGCCAUCUGCACUGGCUCGGAUGACGCCUCCUGCCGCCUGUUUGACCUGCGGGCAGACCAGGAGCUGACAGCCUACGCUCAUGAGAGUAUCAUCUGUGGGAUCACCUCAGUGGCCUUUUCGCUCAGUGGCCGCCUGCUCUUCGCAGGCUAUGAUGACUUCAACUGCAACGUCUGGGAUGCCCUGAAGUGCGAGCGCGUGGGCAUGCUUUCUGGUCAUGACAACAGGGUCAGCUGCCUGGGGGUCACAGCUGAUGGGAUGGCCGUGGCCACUGGCUCCUGGGACAGCUUCCUCAAAAUCUGGAACUGAGGAGCCCGGCAGAGGAAGACGCUCAGCGGCACCUCCCACAUCCAGUCUUUUUAAGCUCUCUCUUCUGUCCUAGGUUGAUGCCACUAAGCUUCCUCCUUGGAGAGGAGUGGGGAGUAGGGAAAUCUGCCUUGAGAGGCGGCAGCAGAGACACAGAACUGUCCCAUCUCCUCCCACGGCCUCCUAUCUCUCCCUGCAUGAGCGAGGACAGCUGACCCCUCACCUGCCCUUUGCCUCCUACACCGCCCAGGACCCAACCCCAGUCCCUGGAAAGUACAGGAUACUCAGCCUCGAGACUACAGCUCUAGGUUUCUGCCCCCUUCCCUUCAUGCCUCCUCCUUUGCAACCUUCUUCUGUCUCUCUCCAGAAGCACCUGCAAUAAAGUAUAGCA